AUUAUUUUAUGUUAUAGCCCGAGUUGCCAAGCUUCAUCAUACAUUUACAGGGAAAUAUAGAAUAUUAUAAUUAUAUAAAAAGAGAAAUAAUGUUAAAUAUUAUACACAUUACAUCGCCCGCAGUAUAUGAGCAUUUUCUCCCUUUAUCAACCGCAGUACUUAUUUAUUUAUUUCUUUGCCUGUCUUCCUAUUGGUUUGUCUUGGCUCCGGUGGACAGAGCUGCCGAACAGCUGAGGAGGCAGCAGAUCAGUUUGCAAUAGUCACUCAGUCUCCGCUGCUGCUGCUGUCACUACUGGACACUUGCCUUUUUACGCAUACUCUGUUUGGGUAACAAGGACAUUUGGCUACUUUGCAACCUGUUUGACACCUCGUGGGUGUGUGUUUGUGUGCGUGUGUGUGUGUGCCACAGAGUCUUUGAUGCUCUCAAUGCCUUUCACUGAGAAAAGGCUCCGGACGUUCAGUGUCAUCAAUGUGUUCAAGCAACAGAUGACCUGAUUAAGAUGGGUAACAAGCAAACAAUAUUUACCGACGAGCAACUUGAUGCCUACCAGGACUGUACAUUUUUCACCCGCAAAGAAAUUCUGCGGUUGCAUGCCAGAUACCAUGAGUUGGCUCCACAUCUCGUUCCAAUGGACUACACCAAUGAUCCUGAGUGUAAACUGCCUUUAGCCUUGAUAGUCAAUAUGCCAGAGUUAAAUGAAAAUCCGUUCCGCAGCAGAAUCGUAGAGUCUUUCUCAGAGGACGGCAUGGGGAAUCUCAGCUUCAAUGAAUUUGUGGACAUGUUUUCAGUCCUCAGUGAAAUGGCUCCAAGAGAACUCAAGGCCAUAUAUGCCUUCAAAAUAUAUGAUUUCAAUGUGGACAAUUACCUGUGCAAAGAGGACCUGGAAAAAACUCUGAAUAAGCUGACGAAGGAGGAGCUGACUCCUGAGGAGGUGGAGCUGGUGUGUGAGAAGACCAUUGAGGAGGCAGAUUUGGAUGGAGACCACAAACUCUCCUUUGCUGACUUUGAAAAUAUGAUAUCAAGGGCUCCGGACUUUUUAAGCACCUUCCACAUACGAAUCUGAGAGGGCUAAAUAGAAGUUCUCCAAGGUUGACUGUGUGAUGAACCUCAGGACCUGAACCAUGUCCUCAGUGGUCUCUGGCUUUAUUGAAGUCUGUUCAGUCAAAAUCUCCAAAUAUUCCGUAAAGCUGAAGUCCAAGGACCCUGGAUUUAUUUACCAUAGAUAAAAAAAAUAUAUUUUCUUCUGUCUCCUUAUAAAGGGCUCGACCUGGAUUGGUCUCUUGUUGGUAGAAAAGGUAAUUUUCCACAUUUUAAGCCUAAAAUGAACCAGUCUUGCUUAAUUAUUGCUUAUUGAGCACACUCAUUGAUGCAUACAAUGCUUAUCUACCUACUGUAUAUUGCACAUGUCUUCCUAAAUGACACAAUAGAUAUAAGGUGAAGUUUGACAUGAAUGAAAGCACACAGCAUUAAGGGCAUACAGAUAUUCUAUUUAAGCUAUGCAAUAUUUGUACAUUCAGUGCAUCGUUUCUUGCCAUUUUAGGUUGUGUGUUAUGCUUGUGGAACUGGAACAUGAUGACAAUCAUAUAUUCUGUUCUCCAGUUAAACAAAAGGGCUCCGUCGUCUCAAUCCCAUUUGGUUGCUUGCAUCUGCCUCAGCCAUUAUCAUGAGAUGUUAGUUACUGCCAUCUUUGUACAUUUACAGUAUUUUAUGUGUCUUCAGGUAUUUGUCUUACAGUGAAUAAAUGUGUUGCUUUCCCUCUG